AUUUUGCCAUGACAUAAGAAGCGUUCGUUCGUCAAGAGGGGAGAAACGACGUUGGAUUGCCGUAGCCCCAACACAAAUUUGCAUUAGUUUAAAAAUUUCAGACUCAAAGUGCUCACACACAACAAACGCAGCAGCGAAUACGAGACGACACCACAGCAAUGACGGGCAUCAUAUCUAUAUUAACAAGGCAGUUGCCGCGCAAUGUGCAAACUAUUAGCCUUAAAGCUAUGCGGAAUCAUGAACUUCAGCUCAGUGCCCGUCAGUAUUCCCAGCUGGCUGUUGUUGCGGCAGUUCAGCAGCAGCAACAACUGUUCCGCCGAGAGUCGAUUACUACUCUGCGCUGCCAAGAUGCGAUGCGGGCCUUGGGCUGGCAGAGCUUUCACACCACCAGCAGCAUGUGGUCGGAGCAGUUGGUGAAGGUACCGCCGUUCGCUGAUUCCAUCACCGAAGGUGACAUUAAAUUUUCCUGCAAAGUGGGCGACUCUUUUGGCGCCGAUGAGGCCGUCAUGGAGAUUGAAACCGAUAAGACGACCAUGCCAGUGCCGGCGCCCUUUGCGGGCAGUGUGACGGAAAUUCUAGUCAAGGAUGGUGACACGGUUAAGCCUGGACAAGAGCUUUUCAAAAUGAAGCCUGGAGCAGCACCAGCUAAGGCAGCUGGCGCACCAGCCCCAGUUGCAGCUAAGGCUGCACCAGCUCCAGCAGCAGCAGCACCAUCUAAGCCAGCUGCAGCACCCGCUGCGGCACCAGCUGCACCGAAAUCAGCACCACCUCCGCCUCCACCGCCAGCUGCACGCCCGCCACCGGCGGCCCCUCGUGCUGCUGCACCGUCGCUAGCUGCUGUGAAGCCCGCCGUGGCCCAGGUGAAAGUGCCUCCCGCUGAUGGUUCGCGUCAAAUUUUAGGCACACGCUCCGAGCAGCGCGUUAAGAUGAACCGUAUGCGACUAAAGAUUGCUGCCCGCUUGAAGGAUGCACAGAACACUUGCGCCAUGCUGACUACCUUCAACGAGAUUGAUAUGAGCUACGCGAUGGACUUCCGAAAGGCGAACCUGGAUGCAUUCACCAAGAAGUACGGAAUCAAACUUGGAUUCAUGUCCAUAUUCUCGAAAGCCAGCGCCUAUGCGCUGCAGGACCAGCCCGUAGUCAACGCCGUCAUCGAUGGUCAGGACAUUGUGUAUCGCGACUAUGUGGAUAUCUCAGUGGCUGUGGCCACACCCCGUGGCCUGGUUGUGCCUGUGAUCCGUAAUGUGGAGAGUAUGAACUAUGCGGACAUUGAAAUAGCUUUAGCCGGGCUGGCCGACAAGGCGAAACGCGAUGCCAUCACUGUGGAGGACAUGGACGGUGGCACCUUCACCAUCAGCAACGGUGGCGUCUUUGGAUCACUAAUGGGCACGCCCAUUAUAAAUCCACCUCAGAGUGCUAUCCUCGGGAUGCAUGGUAUCUUUGAGCGCCCCAUUGCAGUCAAGGGCGAGGUCAAGAUAAGGCCCAUGAUGUAUGUGGCCCUCACAUACGAUCACCGAAUCAUCGAUGGACGUGAGGCGGUUCUGUUCCUGCGUAAGGUGAAGGCUGCUGUCGAGAAUCCAGCCAUCAUUGUUGCCGGUCUGUAAGGACGGUUGAAGUCUGUUAGCGCUGCGUCCACGUUGUUCUAAUGAUAUUUUCGAAUCGGUUAUUUAAAACUGAAGCACAGCCAAAUUCAUUGUAUAAAACGGAACUUUUUCAUUUAUGUAUUUAUUAUAAAAUUAACGAGUGUGUCACAAAUCGACUUAAAUUUUGGGUUUAACUAGCGCAAAGUACAUACACAAGAAAUAAUAAAAUUUAAUAACGACGUGGAAUUGUUUUCAAAACAUA